AUAUCCUUUUCUUAAAGCUUAAUCUCUCUCUUCGACGAUAGCCUGUUUGAAGAUAUCUCAAGGUGACACACAAUCUUCUUCCAAAAACACUCGGGCGAUCCAACAAAAUUAAGCAAAAUUAAAGUGCUAAGAAAAAAUUGUUUGUAAAAAAAAAUGGCAUCGAAUGGAACAAUAAAGUGUGCAGCGCCAAUGAAGGCAACUUCUAAUGGAGUCUUCCAAGGAGACGAUCCUCUCGAUUACGCGCUCCCUCUUCUUAUAGUGCAGAUAUGCCUCGUCGUUGUGCUCACCCGAGUGCUCGCCUAUUUCCUAAGGCCGUUGAGGCAACCGCGCGUCGUUGCUGAGAUUAUUGGAGGAAUAAUCUUAGGUCCAUCAGUUUUAGGCCGGAAUGAGAAGUAUCUCCACACCAUUUUCCCAGAAAGGAGCCUCACAGUGUUGGACACCGUCGCCAAUCUCGGCCUCCUCUUCUUCCUCUUCCUCGUUGGCCUCGAAAUUGACCCAGCAUCUCUCCGUAGGACCGGGAAAGCAGCCCUCAGCAUCGCCCUAGCCGGAAUCACUCUCCCAUUCGCUCUUGGCAUCGGCACAUCAUUCGUGUUCAGAGCCACCAUCUCCACGGGCGUAAGCCAGGCCCCGUUUCUCAUAUUCAUGGGUGUCGCCCUCUCCAUCACCGCCUUCCCGGUCUUGGCGCGCAUAUUGGCCGAGCUGAAGCUGCUAACCACCGAUGUAGGCCGGAUGGCCAUGUCCGCUGCUGCUGUCAACGACGUUGCUGCUUGGGUUUUACUCGCUCUGGCCAUCGCCUUGUCAGGCACGGGCCAUUCCCCCCUAGUGGCCGUGUGGGUGUUCCUGUGCGGGUCUGGGUUUAUAAUCCUGUGCAUAUUCGUUGCGCCCCCGGUUUUUAAAUGGAUGUCACAACGCUGCCCCGAGGGGCAGCAAGUGGACGAGGUAUACAUUUGUGCUACAUUAGUUGCUGUUUUGGCGGCCGGAUUUGUGACCGAUGCUAUUGGGAUCCACGCGCUUUUUGGGGCGUUCGUCCUCGGUGUUCUCGUCCCUAAGCAUGGAGCCUUCACCGGUGCACUGGUCGAAAAGGUCGAGGAUCUCGUCUCGGGUCUGUUUCUUCCCCUGUAUUUCGUGUCGAGUGGUUUGAAGACGAAUGUGGCAACCAUUCAAGGGGCUAAUUCAUGGGGGCUCCUCAUCUUAGUCAUAUUCACAGCUUGCUUGGGAAAAGUCAUUGGCACUGUUGUGGUCUCUCUCUUAUGUAAGAUCCCUUUCAAGCAGGCUGUAACUCUUGGAUUUUUGAUGAACACCAAAGGUUUAGUGGAGCUAAUUGUCUUAAACAUUGGGAAAGACAGGGGAGUUUUGAAUGAUCAAACAUUUGCAAUUAUGGUGUUAAUGGCAUUGUUCACAACUUUCGUCACGACGCCAAUUGUCGUGACGAUAUACAAGCCGGCUCGGAUGGCGACAUCCGAGUACAAGCGGCGGGUGAUACAGAAAAAGGAGACGGAGCAGAACUCUCAGCACCGUCUCCUGAUCUGUUUCCACAGCACAAGGAACAUAGCAUCCUUGAUCAACCUCAUGGAGGUGUCGCGUGGCACGGGGAACAAACACGGCCUCCGUGUCUACGCGAUGCACAUGAUGGAGCUUUCGGAGAGAUCCUCCGCCAUAGUGAUGGUGCACAAGGGGAGGAGCAACGGGAUGCCGUUUUGGAACCGGAACCGUAAAUCCGACCCGAACCAAGUCGAAAUCGCCUUUGAGGCGUUUGAGCAGCUGAGCCACGUCUCGGUCCAUCCUGCGACCGCCAUGUCGGCCAUGUCGAGCAUGCACGUCGACAUAUGCAACGGGGCCGCCAGGAAGAAGGCGGCGAUGAUCGUGCUCCCGUUCCACAAGCACCAGAGGCUGGACGGGCGGCUCGAGACGACCCGGUCCGAUUUCAGGCAGGUGAACCGGAGGGUUCUCGAGCACGCCCCGUGCUCGGUCGCGAUAUUCGUUGACCGAGGACUGGGCGGGAAGGCCUACGUGGCCGCGAGCAACGUUGACUACACGGUCGCGACCUUUUUCUUCGGUGGACCCGAUGAUCGGGAGGCUCUGUCGUACGGGGCCCUCAUGGCGGAGCACCCCGGGAUAAGGUUCAACGUUGUACGCUUCGUCGUGGACCCCGGCCUGGCCGGAGAUGCUAUCCGGGUGGACUUGGGUGAGCGGGACGGCUCGGUGGAGGCUAAAUCAGAGGAUGAGGAGUUAUUGAAGGAGAAAGUGAGGAAGAAUGGAUCGAUUAGAUUGGAAGAGGUGGUGGUGAGGAAUGCGGCGGAGGCGGUGGAGGCAAUGCGAGGGCAUGAUCGGUGCAAUCUGUUUGUGGUGGGGAGAAUGCCGGAGGGGCAACUGGCGGCGGCUCUUAAGAGCCACAACGACUGCCCUGAGCUUGGACCGGUUGGGAAUUUGCUGAUUUCGUCGGAAUUCUCGACGGUUCCGUCGGUGCUGGUGGUGCAGCAGUAUCGGGUGCAGCUGACUGGUGACUCGCUUCAUUCGCUUAGGAUAGCAGAUGAGUCGUCGGAUUAAUUGAUUUGCAAUAAUUAUGCAAAGUUUGUUACCAUAUAAGAUGGUAUGUAUGUUAUUUGUUGACAUUAGAAUUUCUAGUUGAAGAUUAGUAAAUAUAUUUUUCAAAUUAGAUAUCCAAGUGAUGGAAAAUACAGAAGCUGAAAUUUUUAGCA